AUGGAGGGAGGCGAAGCGGGCGGCGGCGGUCUCCUGCAGCAAAUCCUCAGCCUUCGCCUCGUGCCCCGCAUGGGCAAUGGCACCACCACCUACUCCAGCCCGCUCUCCACCUUCCCAGAGAUGUGGUACGGCGUCUUCCUGUGGGCAGUCGUCUCCUCUCUUGCCUUCCACGUCCCGGCCGCGUUGCUUGCCCUCUUCACGCUCCGACACCAUAAGUACGGCAGGUUCAUGUCCGUGAGCGUCCUGCUGAUGGGCAUCGUGGGACCCAUCACUGCCGGCACGCUCACAAGUGCUGCCAUUGCUGGAGUUUACAGAGCUGCGGGGAAAAAAAUGAUUCCCUUUGAGGCCCUCAUUUUUGGUGUGGGCCAGACGUUCUGUGUGGUGGUGGUUUCCUUCCUGCGCAUUCUGGCCACUCUGUAGCUCCUCUGGGGAGGCUGGAGAACACAAACCAAAGGAGGAGCAAAGGACCUGCUGCCUCAGAACAAAUCACAGGGAGCACAGUCCAGCCUUCUGCUUCUUCCACUGAUUUAAGGAAGUGGGAGAGCUUUCUCCUGCCUCCAGCCUCGCUUGAAAUUUAAAAAUCUUGAAUUUUGUUACUUUUUGGUAACAUUAAGUGCCAAGUGAAAUUUAUUUAUCUGGAGGAUAGGAAAAUGGCUACCAGAGGAGGAGACCCGUGUACCUUUCACCAGUGAAGAGUUGUAGUAACAGGACAUGACUAAAAUAUGACACCAGCUGUGCUGGAGUAGGAACAGGACCAGAAUGACAUUGUGUCCUCACCACUCACCAUUUUGUUGCUUGGUUUUGAGUGAACCUGAAGCUCUUUUAAUGUCAGUAUUUUAAAUUAAAAAACUAAUUAUUUUUUUCUUCGUGGCCCAAACUUCUUAAUACCAGGUCAUAGCCAUAAUGGAUUUGGGAGCAGCAAAAAGAGAACUCACAUGGAUGGGAGUGCAAAUUUGUGUCUGGGAGCUUUGGGUGGGAAUGAUGUGCAGGGCAAAUGACUGGUAUAAAAAAGAUGUUGUGAAUUUUAUUACAGCAAAGCCCUUCUGGCCCUGUGAAUGUUCUGCCCAGAGGCAGAGCACAGUAGAAUGGGCACUCCAGAAAUCCCAGGUACACGUGGGCAUGCACAGCUUCUCCUCAGGCUUUGAAGGAGACUUGGAUUUUCAAAUGACCCCAUUCUCCUUUGGCUUGCUAAUGCUGUUCACGUUGGUGUGGUGGAGCUGG